GUGGAGAGCGGGCGCGGCGCGGCCGGGCGCGGAGUGGGGCCGGGAGGUCAGUGAGUGCGUGAGUGAGUGCGGGGCCGGCCGGGGGUCGGCGGGCGUUUCCUUCUCAACCCGCGCUGCCGCCGUGCGUGCGGGAGCUGCGAGCCGCCGAGGAGUUUGCGUCUGUCGGCUCGGCGGGGCCUACGGCGCGGGAAGCGACCGGGCCGCCUUUCUGGGUCGGCAGCGGUUCCGUUACCGCGAGGAGCGGCCGAAGCGGGGCGCGUUGGCGGCAGCUCCAGCCGCGCCGUGCCGGCGGAGGGCGGCGCUUCCAGCCGCGCCGCGUGCCGCGCCCGCUCCCCCGGGACCGCCGGGCGCAGCGCUCCGCUCCGGGGCCGCGGCCCAAAGGGCGCCGUGCCGCGCGCAGCCGCCCCCACCCGCGGCUCCGCGGCUCUCUGGGCGUUACGCGGACGCGCUCCGCGCUGCCGUCGUUGUUUUACUCCCGCCGCGGCGGGAGGUGCGGGGCCCGGCCGUGACCCGCGGGGUGCGCUCGGAUCGCGCUCACGCGAACGCGGUGUGGCGGUGCGUCCGUCCGUGGGCUCCGCGCUCCUUCCCGGCGCGGAAGCUGAGAAGCUGCUCUUUCUGUUGUUUAACCUUUGGAGACCUAAUAGCGUCUCGUUAGAAAGCCCUCCGCGUCAAGUUGUUGAAAGCUCCCUCUAAGCCCCCGUAAGGUCGGGUUUCUCGCUUUAAGGUCAUGUUCUCCGUAUCAGUGGCUUCAGCCCGCGGAGGAGACGAGGUUCGAUCUCGCAGCAAUUCCAGAGGUGUUGCUACGGAGGCAUCCCGAAUCCCUUCCAGAGAUGGUGUGAGAUUGCUCUCCUAAUCCCCACGUUUUCUGCUGCUGUUCCUCCAGUGCCAACACCCCGAUCCCAAAGCGGCGCCUCCCCGCAGCUCCCUCCUGCUCCGCUCUCCGUGGGCACUUUGCAGCCCCGCUCCUCUCACCGAUGCUGUGGGUGUCCCCCAGCUGCCAUCCGCCCGUGCCUUUCCUCAGGGCCGUGGUGUGCAGGGCAGCACUCAGCCCUCGGCUCGGCUUUUGGGUGACAGCCCUGUCUGCUGGAAUUCAGAGAUGGGGAGCACUUUGUGUUCUGAGAAUGUGGGUUUGGCAGCGAUGGGAGCAUCCUCUGCACGCUCAGUGCUGGUACUGCUGGCCAUUCAUCACAGUGGUGUCAGCGCAUCAGCCUCGUGAGGGCCUCCCUCAGGGCAUCAGAGACUGGGGCUGUGUGGCCAUACACGCCUGCUUGCACACACCGGCAUGUGAUAUUUUCCUUUUUGUUCAUUUAGAACCCAACUCAUAUCCAACUCGAUCAGCUCUGUGCUUUUGCAGCUGUGUUGGCAGUGGUUUGUGAAUGCCUUUCCUUGCAAACACUGCAGGCAGCCCUUUGGUACUGCGAACACCGCAUCCUCGCAGCCAAAGACGGUGACUCUUCACACCUCUUCUUCUCUUACAGCGCCCUGCUGCAGUAAUUACCUUGUCUGAAGCUGGUAUUUCUUUUCACUCUAAGCUCCCAGAAUCAAGAAGUGAGCUGCGUGCCUCUUCACGGAUUACCAGAGCUUAAUCUUCCUAUGCAAAGGCAACCAAUUUCAGGCACGCAAGUAGGGUUUAUCUAACUGCCCGCCAGUGCUUAGCGCAUUGAUGUAUGAAAUCCCUCACAAAUUCAGAUUUACUUACUGCUAAUGGGUUUACCACCUGCUCCUUCACCUCCUUCCCCCGCAUCCAGGAACGAGCCCGUGGGUGUCACUCACAGCAGACUGAUGGUGACACAUGCAGCUGCAGUCUGUGAACCGUCGCCCCAACCUGAGCUCUUCGUGCCUCCGUUGGCACUGCCCAUGUGGGGAAGCACAGCAGUAGUUGUGCUAGCAUUAGGACCCACCUUCAUUUGUGUUCUGCUGAGCCAGGAGUGCUGUGUGGGCGCUGAGCAGGGAGCUGCACCUUGCAGAGAGGCAGCCAGGCUGGCAGUGGCAGGAAAACUGGCUGAAAUACUGAAGUACUAUGAGCACCUGGCCAUGUUUCUGGUGCAGUACGCAGGCUUAAACCAUCUGUCCUUUGAUCCUGCCAGCAACAGCAAAUCUCUGCAGUUUGGCAGCCCGAGUGGUGUAUGCGUGUCAGAAAGCCCAACUGAGAAUGGAAGUGAUCCAGGCAAGAAGAGGAAGAGAACAAACAUUCCUCCAGCAGAUGGUGGCAGAAAUCUAAGCCUGGACUCCAUUUCAAUGGGCUUGCCAAUGUCAGACCCAACUGCCUGGGCCACUGCGAUGAACAACCUGGGGAUGGCUCCCAUGGGGAUGACAGGACAGCCCCUCCUGCCAGAUGAAGUAAAGCAUGUAGUUGUGAGAUGCUUUGACAAGACUACAAUGUCUAAAAUGAAUACACAUCAUCUUUCACGCCAUCCAGAUUUUGAUCCUGCUCUUGGGAUGAUGACUGGAAUCCCUCCAAUCAACCCCAUGAUGCCAGGCUUGGGGAUCGUCCCUCCUCCCAUUCCUCCAGACAUGCCUGCUGUGAAGGAGAUCAUUCAUUGCAAGAGCUGCACUCUUUUCCCACCUAACCCACAUCUGCCCCCUCCAGCAACAAGAGAGAGGCCCCCAGGCUGUAAGACCGUGUUUGUUGGGGGGCUGCCAGAAAAUGGGACUGAGCAGAUCAUUAUGGAAGUGUUUGAGCAGUGUGGAGAAGUCAUUGCUAUUCGGAAGAGUAAGAAGAAUUUCUGUCAUAUCCGCUUUGCUGAGGAAUUCAUGGUGGACAAGGCGCUGUAUCUUUCUGGCUAUCGCAUCAGGUUGGGUUCCAGCACUGACAAGAAGGACACUGGGCGCCUGCACGUGGAUUUUGCCCAGGCUCGGGAUGACCUCUACGAGUGGGAGUGCAAGCAGCGCAUGCUGGCAAGGGAGGAGCGCCAUCGCAGGAGGUUGGAAGAGGAACGCUUCCACCCACCCUCCCCACCUCCUGUUGUGCAUUACUCUGACCAUGAGUGCAGCAUUGUUGCAGAGAAGCUGAAAGAUGACACUAAGUUCUCAGAAGCUGUGCAGACCUUGCUCACCUGGAUAGAGCGUGGAGAAGUGAACAGAAGGACUGCAAACAACUUCUACUCCAUGAUUCAGUCGGCCAACAGCCACAUUCGUAGACUGGUGAAUGAGAAGGCAGCUCAUGAGAAGGAGAUGGAAGAAGCUAAAGAGAAGUUCAAGCUUGCUCUCUCAGGGAUUCUGGUUCAGUUCGAGCAAAUAGUGGCCGUGUACCAUUCUGCCUCCAAACAAAAGGCUUGGGACCAUUUCACGAAAGCUCAGCGUAAGAACAUCAGCGUGUGGUGCAAACAAGCAGAGGAAAUUCGUAACAUUCAUAAUGACGAACUAAUGGGCAUUCGAAGAGAGGAGGAAAUGGAAAUGUCUGAUGAAGAAAUAGAAGAUCCAUCAGAAAUGAAAGAAACAGAUGAAUCAGCACUUGUGUCACAGGUGGAAGCCCUGAAAGAAGAAAAUGACAGUCUGCGCUGGCAGCUGGAUGCCUACCGGAAUGAAGUAGAACUCCUAAAGCAGGAGCAUGGCAAAGCGAGCAGGGAUGAAGACACAACCAAAGAGCAGCAGCUGAAACUUCUCCAGCAGGCUCUGCAGGGAAUGCAGCAGCAUCUUUUGAAAGUUCAAGAUGAAUACAAAAAGAGAGAAGCUGAGCUAGAAAAAGUGAAAGAAGACAAACUAAAAAUAGAAACAUUACUAGAAACCCUUAAGGAGCAGCAAAGCGUAGCAAAUGAAGAGGACAAAGAGAGAGAUGUUACUGAUGGCCAAGGGAAUGAGAGCAGUAUGCCCAGAGUUUGUGCAUGCAGCCAGGAGAAGGAGUGUCCAGUUGAGAAGACACUGAGCAAUAGCCCUGUGAAAUCAGAACGAGAAGCUCUCUUAGUUGGAAUAAUUUCAACGUUUCUUCACGUGCACCCAUUUGGAGCAAGCAUAGAGUACAUUUGUUCCUACCUGCAGCGCCUGGACAGCAAAAUUUGCACCACAGAAGUGGAAGUUCUCAUGACCAGACUACAAACUACGUUCAAACAGGAGCUGAGUGGGGUUGGGGCCAGUUUAGAGAAAAAAUGGAAGUUUUGUGGCUUUGAUGGCCUGAAAAUGACUUGAACUUCAGCUGAACCAACUUAACACUGAAAGCAACAGCAGGAUGUGUGUGUCAAGAAAACUUGGGAUGCCUCUUACCUCUGUUUAUGAUGAUUAUCUUGCACGCAUGGGAUAAUAAUGUAAGUGAAAUUUUAAGUCCAGAUUAGCACUAGGAGGAACUUCAGGUGCUGGAGCUUCUUUGAGUUAUUUUAUUAACAAGCAAAGUGCUGUUUGAUACAUUUUGUGUACAAAGUUCAUGUCUGAUAUUUUUAAGCACAGCAUGUAGAUUAAGUGUUUUGCCAAUGUUGUAUCUGUUUCGUGUGCCCAAAUCUCUGGUUAUCAUUGUACCUUCUUUUUACUGAUAGAAACACAUAGACUAUCCACUGAGACAAAUACAAAAAAAAUAAUUUUCUGGUUUCUAGAACCACCAAAAGGAAAAAGAAGGCAUUUUGUAGACAUUUAUAUGAUAAAAAAUUAAAUAUGUUUAAGCAGAAGAUUUAAUUAGCUCAGUGUCUCCCUGAGCCUAACAAUCAGUUCUUUUUCACGCUCUUUUCUCUACUGAAGGUUUAACUGUUAAGCUAAUGUGAAGGCAGUGUCACCAGGAGUGUGAUUAUAGCAGUUCCUCUGGGGUGUGCAUUGCAAACUCAGUCUGUAAUCAAACUGUGGGAGGGGUAUUUAAUUUUCUACUGAUCUGGGUGGAGCAAAAGGCCUACAUCAGAUCUGUACUUUUACUAAGUCUUUGCCAUCAAAUUUCUCCGCCUGCUCUGUUUUUGAGACUGAUCUUCACAAAGUGAGAGAAGCAGCACAGACUGCACCUUCCCAAGGGCUGUUCUUCAUGUUCUCAGUAAACAUCAGACACUCAGCCCUCUGCAGAAGAUUAGUAAGAUAGACUGUAAAAUGCUUUAACAAUCAGAAAACCAAAUGAAAAAGAAUCCACGCUGUCGUCAGACAGAGCUUUGGUAACGGAUACCUCCUGGAGUUGUAGAAACGAGUGAGGGACCUGCAUGUGGCUUAUUCUGGUGCAGGCUGCAGAAAUGAGUGGAACAAACCUUUCUAUUGGGACCAGGCUGCCCAUGCUGGGGGGGGAGCUACCUGCUCACUUUGUUCCUGACACUGAAAGACUGCUACACUGGAAACGUGAAAACCCUUUUAAAGAAAUUGGAGUAUUUGUGUCACUGCAAGUGAACAUUGUAUUUUUAAGGAAUAAACAUUUUUUAUGUUCCGA